UGUCAGGUGGCGCUGUCGCUGUGGAAAGAUGCGAUCAGCGAAGAGCGGAGGCUUUUCCUUAAUUGCUCAUUUCGGUAACAGAGGCUAAACAACCCGAAACCAACCCACUGUGGUCUCUCCUGCUUAAGCGAGAAGCUCCGCACAUCCACCACAGCGUUUACCCAAGAAAUGUCGAGGUUGUGAGCAGACGACGCAGACUUUACCCGGCGGUUUUGGCUCGAGAACUCCAGUAUGUCCAAGCGGCGCUCGUCGGAGAGGGGGGCUGGAGAGACAUCAGGCAGGGCCAGCAAGCUGCAAUGUCCUGGGAUAUCCGGCAAUAACGCCAAGAGAGCCGGGCCCUUCAUCCUCGGGCCUCGCCUGGGCAACUCACCAGUGCCUAGCAUAGUGCAGUGUCUGGCCAGAAAGGACGGCACCGACGACUUCUAUCAACUCAAAAUACUGACGCUGGAGGAGCGAGUGGACUCUGCUGGGGAGACUCAGGAGGAGAGGCAGGGGAAGAUGCUGCUGCACACAGAAUACUCCCUUCUUUCUCUGCUGCACAACCAGGACGGAGUGGUUCACCAUCACGGCCUCUUCCAGGACCGAGCCUAUGAAAUAGUAGAGGACAUGGAGGCCAACAAAGUGCGCAAGAUGAAGAAGCGGAUCUGCCUCGUGCUGGACUGCCUGUGUGCUCACGACUUCAGCGACAAGACGGCAGAUUUAAUAAACCUCCAGCAUUACGUCAUAAAGGAGAAGCGAUUAAGCGAGCGCGAGGCAAUCGUCAUCUUCUAUGAUGUGGUGCGUGUGGUGGAGGCCCUUCAUAAGAAAAACAUUGUGCACAGAGACCUCAAGCUGGGAAACAUGGUGCUGAACAAACGGACUCACCGAAUCACCAUCACCAACUUCUGCCUGGGAAAGCACCUGGUGAGCGAGGACGACCUGCUGAAAGACCAGAGAGGAAGUCCGGCCUACAUCAGCCCUGACGUAUUAAGUGGUCGGCCGUACCGUGGUAAACCCAGCGACAUGUGGGCUCUUGGCGUGGUCCUGUUCACCAUGCUGUAUGGCCAGUUCCCCUUUUAUGACAGCAUACCUCAAGAGCUCUUCCGUAAGAUCAAGGCUGCAGAGUACUCCAUCCCAGAGGACGGUCGUGUGUCUGAGAACACGGUGUGCCUGAUCCGAAAGCUGCUGGUGUUGGACCCUCAGCAGAGGCUUACUGCAGGAGAGGUGCUGGAGUCACUCAGCGUCAUCAUUGCCUCAUGGCAGUCUGUUUCAUCGCUGAGUGGCCCCCUACAGGUGGUGCCGGAUAUUGACGAUCAGGUCAAUCACCCAGAACAUCUGCAAGAGGCCAAGGUGAUAGAAGAGUCUUCACAGUACGAGUUUGAGAACUACAUGCGCCAGCAGCUGCUGUUGGCUGAAGAGAAGAACACUAUCCAUGAGGCCAAGAGCUUUCUCACCAAACGCCAGUUUGGCAGUAUCCCACCUGUAAGGCGUCUGGGCCACGAUGCCCAGCCUGUCAGCCCGCUAGAUGCUGCCAUCCUGGCACAACGUUUCCUCCGGAAGUAGUCCCCAACCCACCCAUCUCAGCCUCUCUGACCUCCCCAGGGAGUACAGAGUCCUGUGAAGUCCAGAGAGGACUGAGGAGGAUCAGCCCAAAAACUAAACUUGCAUUCAGGAGGCCCAGCCCGAACCAGGGCACAGAUGGCCCCAUUUGUAGGUGGGCUUUAGGCAACCUAGUUGGAGCCAGCGUGAGGAGGGCACCAGAACAAACUGCCAAUUUAGAACUUCACUCCUCAUGUCUGGACCCUCCAGUGAAACAUGGUAAGCCCUGGAGGAAGAUCUGAACCAAAGGUUCCUUCCCCUCAGGUCACCCACAGUCAGAUCUCACUGUGCAACCAACCUGAUGGCACAGUCACAUAUGGGGCUAACACAAGGCUAUGCCUGGAGUGCUGAAGAGACAAUUAACCCCAUAUUCCUCCUCCUCCUCCUUUGAGAUCUCCCUACUGUAACACUUUCCCCUUCAACUCUGGAUCCCCUGAGCAAUACAGGACCAGAAUCAUGUAGCAACCCCUUCUCUUCCUAGUGGCUAAUGGUAUUGCCUCAAGUCAGAUCAACUGAUCAUAGAUGUCACUUCUCUAUACCUCCAUUCCACCCUCGUCCUCUCACUCCUUCCUCUCUACUGUUUUCCUGUAUCGAAAAUGAUCCAGACUCGUCCUGUCUGUAACUCUGACUUCAAAUCAAUCUACCUCUCUGUCUCUUUUCUCUGUUGGUAAACCAUGCUCACUGUUCUGAGACAAGGGAUUGUAACAAUGGAGUCUUGAUGCCACCAGUGACAUAAAGCAUUAAUGUUUUCUGUCAGUGAUAAUGCUUUGAAACCUUUUCAGGGGUUUCGAAAAAUCUGAAUAAGCUUUUUAUCAUAUUUACCUUAAUAAGUAGCAUUUUAUCCCUACCUUUAAAUUGAAGAUACUGAAUAUCAAAGUAUGUGAACAUGCAUCCUUUGAUAUUUGCAGAAUGCAUUGUCUCCUGCUUUUUCUCAUCCCUGUGGAAAUCUAUUUUUAGCAUCUAGGCAGCUAGUGUGAGGUACCUGGAAGUCACAAUGCCAAGAACUGAAUGGGAAAAACUGUUGGAUCCUCCCUGCCAAGGCAUAUUGAUGGUAACGCUUCCUCAGUGCCAUUAAAGUGAAGAUCAGGCACUGUCAUGUUUCUAUUGCCAAAAAUCAUGUCUUAAAAUUACUCUUAGCCAAGGAAACUGGUACCCACAGCCUCCAUUCAGAAUCAAAUGGCUUCCAGGUAUUCCAACUUCCCUGUUUCUCUUUACCAAGACAGAUCAUGGGACAGGUUUUUUUUCAGUAUGAAUGUGAACUGUCAUUCUACGCUUUGAUACGUCUGCAGGAUCCAUGAGUGUGUACGUGUGUGUUUCGGGCCAGGCAAAGUAAGCGUCUGCAGAGCUGUCGAGCUGUUAACCUCGGACAGUCACAGACCCUUUAAGCUAUCCUCCAAUCAUUGUGUUCUAUUAUCUGGCCUGCCUCAGUGGCAGACACUGUGAAAACCAGAGCAGGCUUUGCUAAGACAGGGCUUGACUGAAUGUUUUAGCGAUUGCCAUGAAUGCUUGCUUAAGAUUGGAAAAGAUCACAUAUCUAUUGCCAUUCUCAAGCCCUCUCUCUAGCUCAACUUGUACAUGCGUGUAUUAUCUCACCAUGUCGGCUCUCGAUACAGAGAGGCUAGGUGGUGGCUGGUAAUCGAUACUGUUGUAUUUCAUAGAGAAAUGAAAAAACAGACUCAUAGGUUUUAAGUUUAGUUGCUGGGUCUUCUUGGCUAUUGAUGCUUUCUUCUCUUUUAUCAAAGGGUUUCUUCAAAACCAUGGCAAAGCUACUAACCAGUGACUGUUAGGCAUCUGUACACUGCAACUUGCCUUUGUGUAUUGGUACCUGCUUUAGGCUAUCUAGACUUCUUCCUAUUUAUAUUCAGACUGAUUGCAUGAACAUAGGCUCUGGAAUAUUUUAAAAUUACUUUACAUCUUCUUUUUCUUUGUAAUUUCAUGUUGAUUUAUUUAUUCACUUGUGUAGCCCCACCCCCACCCCCAAACCACAGGGGCUUGUAUCACAGACAUUGAUGGUUGUCUGUCAAA